AGCCGCCUGAGCCUCAGCGUCGUGGAAUCCGACGCGAGCGGUUGCCGCGGCCCCCCCAAGCCCGCGGGGCCCGUGGGCCGACGCCCCACCGAUGGCCCGGCGGGGCGCCGCGCUUUCGGAGGAGGGGGAGGCUGAGGCAGCAUUGCGCGGGCAGGUCCAGGACGUGUGGCGCCAGGAGCAGAAGGUCCAGCGCGAACUACGGGAGAUGCAGCGGGAGCAGGACGCCAUCCUACAGGCGCUGCGGGAGCUGCGGUCGCACAGGUACAUCGGCGCCGGAGCGGCAGGCCAUGCCGCAGAUGCCGGCGACAGUUCCAGCCACGCGGGCUCACAGGCCAGGCGCGCCAGGCGGAGCUGCACCGCGCAAAACAUGGACGGCACCAGCUCCGUGACAUCUGCUGCCAAUUUGAGGUCGCCGACUAGGAGCAAGGUGCCUGUCAACGGCUACAGCGAAGGCUACACCAAGAGUGUCACGACCACAAACACAGGCAGAGUCGCGGCACAGCGGGACACGAUCGCACGCCAGUCCCUCUACCAGACUGGGCGCAACAUGAAGGACCAUGAACUGCACGCGAUGUAUUUCGGCACCGACGGCACCAGGACUCUGGGGGUUUGGGAGGAGUCAAGCUCGUUCCUGAAAAAAGGAGCAUCGCGCAUGCGCAAAUGUUGCAAGGGCAUGUCACGUUCCCCGUGGUUCGAUGCGGUCGUGGGCAUUGUAAUCGUCUUGAACACCAUCUGCAUAGGCAUGUCCAUACAGUGGGAGCUGGAGGGCAGGGAUGUGAGCACUCUCGACAUCGCGGAGUCGACGUUCUUGACUUUCUACGUCGCGGAGCUCAUCAUACGAUUGAUCGCCUGGGGGAGGUCCUGCUUCAAUAGCCCGUGGUUCAUAUUCGACUUCGUGCUGGUCUCUUUCGGCGUUUUCUCGGACUGGGUACUAUCUCCGCUUUUGGCUCGCAUGGAAACAGGCAGCCAACUCGGCAUCUUGGAGCAGGUGCUGAUUGUGCGCAUCUUGCGGCUGUUGAGGCUGGUGCGCGCACUGCGGGCGAUGGAACUCUUCAAGGACAUGUGGAAGCUCGUGCGCGGCAUGUUGGGCUCGGCGCGCACGGUCACAUCGGCCUGCUUGUUGAUCUUUGGCAGCCUGUAUAUCUUCGGCUGCAUCGGAGUGGAGUUAUUGACCCAGGAUGAGGUUCUGCGGGAUGAUCCGCGGACGGCUUUUAUCAUGAAGAAGUACUUCUCCUCGCUCUCGAACGUAAUCCUGACACUCGUGCAAUUUUCGAAUUAUGAUUCGAUCGCAGCUAUUUACGUACCAAUAGUCAAAGUGAGGCCGGUCAUGUGCAUCUAUUUUGUGAUCAUCAUCUUGGUGGUACCUGUAUGUCUGAUGAAUUUGCGGGGGUUGGUGGACUGCCGUAAUAGUCGAGCAUGCUAUCGAGAGUGCAAAGACGGACGCCGACAUAGCACAAAACGCGAUGCGGAAGCGCCUGACAGAGUUGAAACCCCAGAUCAAGCAAGUGUUCCAGCUCCUUGACAAGUCAGGGGAUGGAUUCAUACAGUUCAGCGAGAUCGAUUUCGACAGGAUAGACAUACCCGACGACCUGCGGGACAUAGUCCAGCCAGCGCUGCUGUCGGACUUGUUCGAGUUCCUCGACUUGGACGGCUCAGGUGAGCUGGACGAGAAGGAGUUCGAGACGGGCGUCUGCCACCUCGCGCUCUCGUCGGGCGUGCUCGGCGUGUCGAUCGAACACACGCAGAUGCUCCAGCUGCUGCGGCAGCAGCUCCUGUGCAUCCAGGAACUGCAGGACAGGGUCCAGCUCCUGCACGAGAGGGGCGCACUCGCCUGCAUGAGAUGCAUGAGGGAAGGGGGGCCAGAUGCGGGCGGCUGGGGCUGCCGGACGAUCGCGAGAGGGUCGGACAGUGGAGGCGCCGGCGCGAGCGCCACUGACACUGCCCCCCGAGGAGGAUCGAAGCCUCUUCCACUCACCAGCGAUGGGCCUUUCGACGAGCCGUUCGAAGACCACGAACUCGUCCACGACGAGCCGCCCACCCACGUGCGGCGCGGAGGCAGCGGGGCGGCGCUGUGAAGCAGGCGGCCGCACAGCCGGUACGGCUCGCGGCCCGAGCAUCCACAAGCCGGAUGCCGCCGAGCGCAAGAGAUCGAACGUGGGCAAUGGGCACAGUUCAAUUAAGCAGUGGCGAAGCGUCCGGGCUCGCCUAUAGAACAUAUCGUGGUAGGACUACAGGAAAAUCGGGACGGUCGGUCCCUGCUCAAUGCCGAGUGCAGGAGAUCGAACGGGGGCGAUGGGCACAGUUCAACGCACGCGUUGAUCGCAUGAUUGCCCGAACGUCCCACCCUCCAUUUGCCAUACUCUGGUCGACCCGUCUUCUAUCUGCCCCCGCCCCCCCCCACCACCCACCCACA